CGUGCUUGCGUCCGUGGGCUCCUCCGGCUCCUUGCAUUGGUCGGCCGCCAAAGCCGUGCAGGCCGGCUGGUAGUGAAGUAUGUCAAUAGCAGAGCGGAGGCGCGCCCGGCCCUUGGCAACGGCCCCGCCCUGCUCCUCUUUUGUAUGGCGCGCCCGCCGGCGCCUAGGGCGAAGCUUCCUUUGGGCCUGGCAGCCGCCCGUCCCCGUUCGCUCUGCCCGGGGGCGGGCCCCUUUCUUUGCAUUGCCACCGCCAUACCCCCCGCCCGGAUGGAGCAGGCGCGAGUCUGCCUCCAGGACGUCCUGCUUGUUAUGUGUGUGUGUGUGUGCCGCAGUGGUAUUCGCGACACCAACCAGCGAAAAGGAGGCGUGGCUCGCCCGGGAGGGUGGCAUACUCCCUCGCAC